UUGCUAGAGCAGCCAAGGAUGGGGUGGGGCUUUCACUUGUGAAUAAAAGGUUCUGCUUCAUUGUCCCCACGCAGGAGAGCAUGGCCAAGCGAGUUGCAACUGUGGGAGCUGGGGUCAGUGGCCUGGCCUCCAUCAAGUGCUGUCUGGAGGAAGGACUAGAGCCCACCUGCUUCGAGAGGAGCGACGACCUUGGGGGGCUGUGGAGAUUCACCGAACAUGUUGAAGAAGGCAGAGCCAGCCUCUACAAGUCCGUGGUUUCCAACAGCUGCAAGGAGAUGUCUUGUUACCCAGACUUUCCAUUCCCAGAAGAUUAUCCAAACUAUGUGCCAAAUUCUGUAUUCCUGGAAUAUCUCAAAAUGUAUGCAAACCAGUUCAACCUUCUGAAAGGCAUUCAAUUCAAGACUAAAGUCUGCAGUGUAACAAAACGCCCAGAUUUUUCUGUUACCGGCCAAUGGGAGGUAGUCACUCUGCAUGAAGGGAAGCAAGAGUCAGCCAUCUUUGAUGCUGUCAUGGUCUGCACUAGUUUUCUUACUAACCCAUAUUUGCCACUGGACUCCUUUCCAGGAAUAGGCUUUUCUGCAACUGACCUUAGUUUGUAUAAAGGCCAGUACUUUCAUAGCUGAGAGUAUAAACAUCCAGAUAUAUUUAGAGACAAGAGAGUUCUUGUGAUUGGAAUGGGGAAUUCUGGCACAGACAUUGCUGUGGAGGCCAGCCACGUGGCAAAGAAGGUGUUCCUCAGCACCACCGGAGGGCCAUGGGUGAUCAGCCAGGUCUUUGACUCAGGCUACCCAUGGGACAUGGUGUUCGUGACGUGAUUUCAGAACAUGAUCAGAAAUUCUCUCCCAACUCCAGUUGUGAAUUGGUUGAUAGCGAGAAGGAUGAACAGCUGGUUCAAUCAUGAAAAUUAUGGCUUAAUACCAGAAGACAGGACACAGCUAAGAGAGCCUGUGCUAAAUAAUGAGCUCCCAGGCCGUAUCGUCACUGGGAAAGUGCUCAUCAAGCCAAGUGUAAAGGAGAUGAAGGAAAACUCUGUUGUAUUUAACAACAACCCAAAGGAAGAGCCCAUUGAUAUCAUUGUCUUUGCCACUCGAUACACCUUUGCUUUCCCCUUCCUCGAUGAGACUGUGGUGAAAGUUGAAGAUGGCCAAGCAUCACUGAAAAAGUACAUCUUCCCUGCACAUCUGCAAAAGCCAACCCUGGCUGUUAUUAGCCUCAUCAAACCCUUGGACUCCAUGAUAACCACAGGGGAAAUGCAAGCUCGAUGGGCUGUUCGGGUCCUGAAAGGUGUUAAUAAAUUACCACCAUCAAGCAUCAUGAUAGAGGAAGUUAAUGCAAGAAAAAAAAACAAGCCCAGUGGGUUUGGCUUGUGUUACUGCAAAGCUUUACAAUCCGAUUAUAUCCCAUACAUAGAUGAACUCCUGACCUGUAUCGAUGCAAAGCCCAACCUGUUCUCUCUGCUCCUGACGGAUCCACGCCUGGCUUUGACCAUCUUCUUCAGCCCAUGCACACCAUACCAGUUCUAUUUGACUGGCCGAGGGAAAUGGGAAGGAGCCAGAAAUGCUAUCAAGACCCAGUGGGAUCGAACAUUCAAGGUCACAAAAACUAGAGUUGUACAAGAAUCCCCUUCUCCCUUUGCAAGCUUACUUAAACUCUUCAGCUUCCUAGCUUUGCUUGUGGCCAUUUUCCUGAUUUUCCUAUAAAUAAAAGAUUACCUAAAUGGAUUGUCAAAUGCACAGCAUAGAUGGGCAGUGCUUUGGUUCCCCCAUUGCAACAGCAUUGCCUUCACGGCUGUAAACCAUAUCUGAGUAGUGAAGGCCACCCCCUGCCCUUCCCUGGCUGGCUGGAGGGCCACCGCUGGUAUUCCUGAGGGUCUCCCAACUCCACCUGCUUCUAAUGCUAGAGGAAGAUAACCAAGGUUUCUGUGCAUUUGAAGGCUGCUGGAAGGUUCAAGUUUCAUUUUAGAAGAGAGAGUUGUCCCAGACAGCACUCUGAGCAUUUAGACCUCUUUUCUAUUUUCAGAGAUCUCAGCUAAAACUCCCUAUUUCACAAAAGAUUUGGUUGUACUAAAAUGGUGCUCUUAUGAUAUCAGCUGAUUAAAAAUAAAAAGAAAGAAACAGCCUAGAAUUAUUUCAAGUGGUCUUCUAUUCUCUUUUUAGGAGUUGGGGGAAAGAGAGAAGGGGAUGAGGAGCCUUUUAAUAAAGACCAUAAAAGGAUGGGAGGGUUCAAUGACUUCGUUGGAGUGUUUGUAGAGGAAUGUACUUGCCUGGGAGUACUCAUUCUCCUAGAAUGCACUCUGCAACAAAACUGGGCCUCCAGCUGGGGUAAUAACAACCACAAUCAGAUCUACUCCACAGAAAACACCCACCUCCACCUGCUCCUGGAGCCGGCCUCCAGCACCCAAAGGAAAAACACCUCCUGCUCACAUACACCUUUACAACUUUGCUUAAAGAGGCAAACAGCUGCCUCUUCUCAGAGUCAAUGAAAUCCAACUGGAAUUCAUUACAGAAAAGACACAGCUAGGAAGUCUUUAAUAGAGAGAUAAGAAGAAGAAAGAAAAGACAGAAAAUGAAGAGCAAAAGCAAACAUCAUGUUAAAAGCAGUUUUUGACCAAACUACACCAACCCUGG